AUAAGGUGUCCUCCUCGCAGCGGAUGUAGCAGACGGAUGCCUGGACGCAGUUCCGCCUGCACUGGCUUCCCGGUUUGGAGGGUUGAGCUCCAGUUCCAGCUCCAUUCCUGGGCAGGCCGGAGACAGCUUCCCGGGGGCGAUCAUCGAAUGGUGGCUCACAUGGGAGCGACCCAUCAUCUGUAUGAUGUCGUAUCCAGAGUAUAUUUAUAA